AUGGCUCCUACUGCCCCCGCCGCUGCCACCAACUCUCCGGCCAAGAAGACGACCGCGCCUGAGAAGAAAUACAAGUGUCAAUUCUGCAAUCGUGCCUUCAGCCGAAGCGAGCAUCGCAGCAGACAUGAGCGAUCCCAUACAAAAGAACGUCCUUUCAAGUGCUUGAAAUGUCGCAGUACCUUUGUGCGCCGUGACCUGCUCCUGCGCCACGACCGUACUGUGCACGCCAAGGAUGGAGGAGUGCCUCUUGUCAGCGAGGGCCGCAGACGUGGUGGGAACAAUAGCAAUGCCGGCGUGCAGAAGAGCUCUCCCGCUCCUGCCGCGUCGUCAAAGCCUUCCAUCACCAUCGACCCGGCCACGCUGGAGCAGAUCGAGGCAAGCAGCGACGGUAUGGUCGAUCUUGAAACUGCAGCAAUGUUGAUGACAGACUUCCAACACAAGGCCGCCGCAGCCGCUACUGGUCACGUCCAGGACCGCACUGGCUCCGACCACUCCUUUUCCCCCAGCCGCACGUCCUUGCUAGACCAGCAUGCCUCGUACCUGUCCGGAAACGCUACGCUGCCGCAGAUGCCCUGGGAUUCGCUCAUCUCGCCCACCGAGACCAAGCACCACCCCAUGUCCGCUUUCACAUCCCACGAUGCAAACUCGCAUCAGAUGUCCAUGAUGGACCGACACAUGUCGGCCAGGGAUACUCUGGCCCCGUCGCUGCACACCCUGGUCGACUCGCUCCCAGUGUCUGGCAACUCGACCCCCAAUGCCCUGUCGCCCUACCCUUCCAUGACCGGUCCGGUCAGCCCCGUCAACUAUCGGCGGUCUCCAGGGCCUACCCAGGCCCUCACCCUGCCCAAAGCGCCUCAACUUGCCAACGAAGCCGAGAGACAGCGUAUUGUGGACAACAUCAAGGGAGCUGAUGCGCUUUCCAGCUUGCCCAGUGAAUUCCAGAUCCCCUCUACUCCGUCUCUGAACAAAUACUUGUCCACGUACUUCAACCUUUACCACCACCAUCUCCCGUUCUUGCACCAGGGAACUUUCAAUCCCACCGAUGCCUCGCCACCCCUCUUGUUGGCUGUGCUGUCUAUUGGUGCUCUGUACACCUUUGAACGGGAACAUGCCUUUAUGCUCCACGUCGGCUCCAAAGUCCUCGUCAACCAGUUCUUGCAGCAAAAGGACAACUUUGACUCGAGAAAAUGCCCCCUCUGGGCCAUGCAAAGCACCUUGUUGAACAUGGUCUUUGAGAGCUGGAGUGGAGAUCCGAAGGGUUUGGAAUGGACCUGCUCGAUCAAGAGUCUGCUCGCCAACAUGGUUGCUGGAAACCGAUACCAGUUGAAGCUUCGUACCGUGGCCCGCGAGGGUCGACUACCUAGCCGUGACCAGUGGAUUGAAGACGAAUCGUGCCGCCGAACUUACUAUGCUGUAUAUAUCUUUUUCGGCAUGCUCACCUUGACUUUCAACCACACGCCCGCCAUGAGCUUUGACGAGCUAGACAGUUUGGAGCUGCCUUCGUCCGAGUCCCUGUGGAACAUGGACGUCACCGAUGAGGAGUCCUGGCGCCGAACUCUGGCCACUGUCAUUCCCGUCAACAUUCGCGAAGCUCACGACCGCCUCUUCCAGGGCGAGCAAACCCGGUACAGCGCCUUUGCUACCCGUGUCAUGAUCAAUGCCCUGUUCCUCCAAGUCUGGAGCCACAAGCGUAGCUUUGAAGCUCUGCAGGAUGUUGUCACCGAGUACAAGCUUCGCCUUGCCCUGGAGACUUGGGAGAACUCGCUCGAGUUGUGUGAGGCCGAGACCAUCGUGGUGCCCCUCAGCACGCCUCACAAGGGCCACCCCUUGAUCUUCAACUCAAUGGCCAUCUACCGCAACACGCGGGCUCGCUUGGAAGUUGACCUCAAGUCCGUCCAAGAAGCCCUUCGCUACCACUCCUCGUACGAGGUGGCCGCAGCCAUGACCGUGGCUCGCGACAAGGUGAAGCGGUCCCCCGAGAUGAACAAGGUUAUUCAGCAAUGCUUCGAAUGCAUUGAGAUUGCUGCAGUUCAAGGCAUAAACUGGGUUGCCAAGACAUCUGCUACCAACUGGAGUGUCGAGCAUCCCCUCUGUGGCCUUGAUCUGAUGGUUAUACUCAGCUUGUGGCUCUAUCGCCUGGAACAUGACGAGGAACCAGCUACUGAGGCGGAAAUUGCCAUCUACAGCAAGGUCCGCAAUCUCUUUGACGACGAUGCAAUUGAUGCCUUUGGCAAGUUGAGCUCCACUGUUUCCCGCGUCUGGGGUAACAUACUUGACGGUGUCGUUGUUUGGGGAAUCACCAAACUCAUGGGUGAAUCCUUCAAGCUCCACGCCCAAGCUUUGGUCGGUUAUGAGGACUCUUUGCACGUUGCCAAAGACCAGCCCUUGCACCCUAUGCCCACCAAAAGCCUUGCGAGCGUCGGCACCGCAUACUAG